UAAACAUUAAACGCCUUGACCCUGCGAACAACAAAUGGCAAUAUGCUGUCCUACGACCUUAACGAACGGCUGGUAACUGCCGUACAGAGUGGGGACUUCGAUGAGGUUCUCAGCUGUAUAAUGCAAGGGGCGCAAGCCUCAUACGUUUCCCCGAAUUGCGGACGAACUGCAGUUGGAACGGCCGCCCUUUUGGGCGAUGCUGAGCUACUAGAACUUCUGAUUCAGUCCUGUGAAGAGCCCGAUUUGGAUAUGUUUCAUCAGUGUCAAAGUCAUCCAGGUGAUAGUCUUGAGAUAGAGAGCACACCAGACGGAAUGGAGAAACUUGAAUGGAUCGAUGAGUUUGAAAGUUGUGCGGAAAAUACUGGAGUGGGACCAGGUGGAACUAUAAGUGAUGAUUCUCUACUCUAUCAUUAUUAUGCCAAGACCUUUGAGAAUACAGGAGAAUUUCUAACUCAAUGUUGUGCCUCCUGUCGCGAGCAAGAUCCUCAUGUCUAUGAUACAGAUUUGGCCACACCCUUGCACUAUGCCGCCUUCUGGGGGCAUGAGGAGUGCGUCAGAAUUCUAUUGGAACACAAUGCUCCCAUCAAUGUUGUGAAUAGCGAGGGAUAUGCUCCACUGCAUGUUGGAGCAGGAUUUCCUCAAGUCACUCGUCUGCUUAUCAAGCAUGGAGCCUUGGUCAAUGCCAAGACCUUGAGUGACGGCAAAACUGCUCUUCAUGUGGCCAUAGAAAGUCGAUCCCUGGAAUCGGCCGAGUUGUUAUUACAGACGAAUAUUAAUAUAAAUGAUACGGAUGAUGGCGGAGAGACUCCUCUAAUGACGGCUAUAGCUUGUAAUCUGUUGGAUUUGGCAAGGGAAUUGAUAGAGCGUGGAGCUAGAAUUAAUUUGCAGGACAAAGAUAACCAUACAGCUUUGUUGUAUGCGGUGACAGGACGUCAUAAGGACAUGGCACGUUUGCUGCUAGAGCGGGGAGCCCGUCGUUUAGCCUCCCAGCAUUUACUGCAUCUCUGUGUGAUUCACAAUGAUUUGGAUUUGGUGAAACUUCUACUUCACUAUGGCGAUAGUCUUUGUGUGCGUGAUGCAGAUAAUCUAACGCCCAUUAUGGUGGCGAUUCAUCAUCAGUUACCAAAGAUGCUGGAUUACUUGUUGGACGUAGCCGAACAGCAUCGCCGUCUUGGCAAUUAUAUGGAGUCGCAGGAUGAGGGAUUGCUCUUGUUUGCUAUCCAGCAAAUAGCCGAUGUACAAGAGUUCAAAUGCAUUCUGCGUGUACUUUUGGCCAAAUUGGCCAGUGCCCGUAAAGAUCUCUAUGGAUCGUGUGCCCCGACAAUUGUCUGUGGUUUAAUCUAUUGUCGGACUCCCCUGUCCAGGGCCAUUAAUGUGCAUCGUUUGGACCUGGCAGAGUUUCUCAUACGUGAGGGUUGUAAUCUUGCCCAGAUUUGUCGUGAGCAUGUUGUCAAUGAAUUGAGAUCAAAUUGUUCACAUCGUAGUCUGGCCUUUGGGCGUUUGUUGUGCAAUGCUGGCUUUCAGUUUCCUCAUAAAAAACGACCUUUACCAAAAGAUUGGCCCCUGCCACGUUUACAAUUCGAGAAUGAGAUGUCUCUAUUGGGCACCCAACCCCGAUCUCUGCAAUCUUUGGCUCGAUUGACAAUACGUCAGCGUCUUCAACAUGCGCUGCAACAUAAUCCAAAGUUACAAUUGCAGUAUCUUCCUACACAGGAGCGUUCCACCUUGGGCAGAAUGGUUGAUGAAUUUGCCAUUCCGGCCACAUUAAAGUUGUACCUCAGCGAUUUUGCAGAAUUGCCAAGAGUUAGUGGCAUAGAAGUAGCCACUAUACCGGGUGUACGUUCAUUUGAAUCGUGGGAUUGAUUACUACAUAGGCGCAAUUACGAUUUUAGAAAUUUAUUCAGAUUAUAUAGUUUUUCAUAGUAAUUUAUAUGUAUGUUUAAUGUGUAAUGCAUGUGGCUAAAUGAAUAUGUGUGUGUGUGUUCAAAAAGAAAAGCUUUUAAAGAUGCCUAAACAAUUUAUUUAAAUAUUAAUCAUUGGAAAAGCAUCUUUGUUCACACAAAAUUUAAGGAUUUUCCUUUACUUUCAGACAAUUUGUAAUUUUUUUCUGCACAUUUCAU